UUCUUCGAACAAUCUAAACUUGUUGUUACAACACCAAAACAAAAACAACACUGUGUUACUGUAACGCUCUUAACAAAAUAAUGUCAGAAAAUCGAUUCUUGCCUAUAAUUGAAGAAGAGGAAAUAGAAAUUGACGACGAUUUCUACGAGAAGAUCGAAGCACCUAAGUUUGUCGACCUCACCAAACCUGAUAAACGCCGUCCUGAUGAUGACCGUCACUGGUUCUGCGCUCGCUUUGGAUGUGACCAAAAGCAUGAAGAAGAGUUUGAUUCUGAAGCAAUUUACAAGAAUUUUGUUCUUCGGGUUAUGGCAGCUAGAAGCCCCAAUGUUCGGCUUAGAAAAGCAUUGAAUCGAAGAGAAAGAGAAGCGAGUUCGAAUUUGAAGUGCCCGAAUACUGCUCCUGCAAAGCCAAGGAUGUCAAGAAUGGAUUUCAUUUCCUCAUUGUCACACAAGGUGACUGAGAAUAAAGUGAAAGUUGUCAAACCUCUUUCUAAGGUUGCUGCAACCCCAAAAGCCAAGGUGAAGCAAUCACCCUCCGUGAGUAAGGCUUUGACCACUCCAAGGAAUCAAAAGAAGGUUUCUAAUUUGGAACAGUUUAGAAGUGUUCAGAACAAGAAAUCAUUGACUGUUGCUGUGUCGAAGCCUAAGAGCAGGGUAGUGGCUAAGGCAUUGGUUUUUAACUCACCAAAGAAGGUGGUUGGGACAAAGAGUUCUGUGGAAUUGAAAACAUCCAUGAAAGCAUUGUGUUCUGCAAUGAAGAAGCUUGAAUUUAAUGGAGUGAAGAAGAAUGGAGAAGGAUGUAACAACUCAUUGCCAGUGGGUUCCUCUAGAAAGGUGCAAUUUAAGGGACGAGAGGUUAAAAGCCGUGUGUUUGAUUCAUUGUAUUCUAGUAAUCGAAACGAACCAGAAAAUAACACUGUUAAAUGUCUAAAAGAGAAGAAAGCGAAAGCUAUGGAGAAAAACCAUGUUCCCGUGCCGCAUGAAAGUGACUCUAGUGAGUUGGAGACGGAAGAAAAAUCAAGGAGUGACUCUCUAGAAAGAGGAGAGAGUUCAGUUCUAACUUUGUCAGAAGCUUCUAGAGAUGAUAUUACCUCACUGUCAACUUCGAAAGAAGAAGAGAAGAGCUCAGUUCUAACUCUGUCACAAGCUUCUGGAGAUGAUGUUACUUCACUGUCAAGUUCAAACGAAGAAGAGAAGAGUUCAGUUCUAACUCGGUCAGAAGUUUCUAGAGAUGAUAUUACCUCACUGUCAAGUUCGAAUAAUGAAGAGAAGAAAACUAUUGAAGAGAGUGAAAAUGAAGAGAAAAGGAUCACAGUCUCACACAAGAGAAGAAUUCCUGAAGCCAAAAAGAGAAAGGCUGUAGGAAGUUCAAUGUCUUCUGAUGAUAAAGAAAAUGAGAUUCAACUUAAUGAGAAUGAUGACAAGGAAAACUCUUCAGCGCCUUGUGAGAAUAUCCGCAGAGAUGUAAGCACCAUCAAUGACGGUUCCAAAAAGAACAUUCUUGAAAGCAAGCAGGAGGAUGGAAAAAUACAUAAGAAAUCUACAUCGACAACAACUGGUUCUCAAGUUGUAAAAUACAGAAAAUUAAAGCCCACAAAUCCUAAGCCGUUUAAGUUCAGAACUGAUGAAAGGGGAAUUCUCAAAGAAGCAAAGCUGGAGAAAAAAAUCACAUCACCCUUGAAAGAAAUCACUGCUAAAGAUGGCAAUGCAAUAAAGAAACAUAAGAAUAAGAAUGAAACUUGUACAGCACAAAGUGAUCAAGACUAUUAUAGCAGUUGCAGCGAGAAUUCAAACCAAACAACUCAACAAAAUCAAACUGGAAACAUUCAUAGUGACAACAACUACAACAGCAAAGUGCAACUUAUAUUAUCUGCUAAAACACCUAACAGAAAUCCUGGUUCUAAACUUCAGAAACAUAUUGAUCUGGAUGAAAAUUUCAAAAGAAAAUCCAAAAUGAUGCAACGUAAUGUUGUGAUGCCUAGAAGUGUUUUGUCAAAGAAGAAAGAAAAAGUAGUUCUUGGAACGGCUUGUAAACUAGGUGUCAUUACUGAAAAGCGUUCAGACACUCUAAAACCAAAGGACACAACAAAGCCACGUAAAAAUGAUGCAUCUUGUUCGCAAGGAAGGAGAACUUUGACUGUCCCAAAGGAACCAAAGUUUCAUAGUCUCCAUGUGCCUAAGAGCUGCACCACCAGGAAACCAACUUAGAGAUGAACAUAGUAGAGCUUGGUGAACGGAGGGUGUUGUUCAAUAUGAUCAUUGAAUUUUGUUGAGUGCUUUUCGUAAAUUGAAGAAAACGAUGUGUUUGUUGUUGUAACCUCUAGAUAGAUGAUUUUUUUUUAUACUGCUAUUCUGUAUUAGCUUCAUUCAUAUACGAUUAUGUUUGUAUUUUGUAAUGAUAAUAACAAGUUCUGUAAUUGUGCAAAAAAACAAAAACAUUUAAUUUGGUGGCCUUCUAUUUCAA